AUGGCCAAGAAGCGCAAGCGAUCCUCCGUCGCACCCUUUGUCCAACAUCUCGACACCCCCUCCUCCGCCAAAUCCCAUCCCGACAGCAACAGCAAGCACCUCAACCUAGGUGCUUAUCACCCCGACCUCGAUCUUUCCUCCUUCACCCCCACCCAAGUCUCAGAAUACCACUCUCUACUUGCACUAUGCCUGGUUCACCCAUCCACCUUUCCACCCAACAUGCUCAAGUACUGGCGCCAUCGACACUCGCUCUUCUCGCUCUAUUCGGCCGGGUGUCUGCUCGACGAGCAGUCGUGGUACUCUGUCACGCCGGAGAGCGUUGCUUUUCGGAUAGCCAAAAGGUGUGCCAGUGACGGAGUGGUUGUAGACCUUUUUGCGGGGGCGGGAGGCAAUGCUAUCCAGUUCGCCAUGACGUGCAGCAGGGUGAUUGCUGUCGAGCUGGACGAAGUCAAACUGAGGUUGGCUAGAUGGAAUGCGUCGGUGUACGGGGUCGAGGAUAGGAUCACGUUUGUCCACGGUGACAGUGUCGAGCUGCUUCACCGGCUAAAUGAGCGGCGGUCCGACGACUUGAAAGGUGCGCAAAAUCAAGUCUUCUGGAAAGGCUUGACACCUUCCGAUCUAGAUGCAGUACAGGCCGUCUUCCUCUCCCCACCCUGGGGAGGCGUCGACUACACCGCGACCGACCCCACCUACAGCCUCUCCUCCAUCGACCCCAUCGACGGCACACUCCUCUUCUCGCUCGUCCACACCGCUUUCGCCACAAGCAACAUCGCCUACUAUCUCCCGCGCAACACCUCCCUCCCGCAACUCUCCCAUCUCGCCACCUUGCUGGCCGGCCGGCCCCAACCCACCGUCAAAGUCGAAUACAACUACGUCAACUACGGUUCGAAGCUCUCCAGUCUCACCGCCUACUACGGUGCUCUUGCUGAAGAUUGGGACGACGAGACAGACGACUGGCGCUCCUAA